AUGUCCUUCUACUCGGACAGCCAAUCACAAUCAGGUGUUCCUCCAUCUGCACAGCGGUAUCGAUCUUUAUUUGGCGGUUCUAGCCAGGUAACUGUUGAUGAGGGCCACUCUUUACCCUACAAAGAAGAGGAAGCCCUAAGUCAACUUGACGGCGCCGCUGCGUCCGGCCCAAGCCUUCAGUAUGGAGAGUCCCACGAUGAUCUUGACUACAUCCAAACCAGUGAUGUGGAAUUGUCCACUUCCCCAAGGAAGGGCUUUACUAUUGCCCGCUCAUCACCGGGCUCGCGUGCAAAAUCUACCUUGAAGACGCGAGAAAGCCCGGAGGGUUCUACUUCGCCUCCAUAUCGCCCUAACAGACUUAACCACAGGCCAAGUCUGUGGUUGAAAUUGACAAGAGACGAUAGAGAGAUUGCGGAAGCUUUACGAGAGACUGUUUCCAGGGACUUGGCAGCGCAUUUGUACAAUGCGCAUGUCAUGCAGUCGCAGGGGCUUGCGAACACAGACCAAUUGGAUGAAGAUGACACCAAUGACGACGAAUUGACCCACGACGACCUACUAGGCAUCCUUGAUGAAUGGACAGCAUGGCCUAUGCCUAGCGACGAAGUCCCACGCGCGGAUGAGCGUCUUCGACGGUUGGAGGAUGAUAGAUGGACCUUCAGAAUGAAGCCAGAUGCACGGCCAAGUGCAGAGCUUGAAGAGUGCAUCACGGCGUUCCUAUCGAAAAUAGCAAAGGAAAGGUUCCAGUCAAGGGAAUGGGCUGCGUUAACGGCUUCAGACAGCAAAACAAUUCCCCAGCCAGAAAACGAUACGGCCAAGUCUGACAAAAAGGAAGGCCAGGCCGAUACGAAGGGCAAUGAAACCACAGACUGGGAGGAUGAAGAGGAGGGCUUGCGACGGCCUCUUCGCCCGAUCGCUCAGAUAGAUGACGAUGAAUCGCGCCGAAAGCUACGCCCACUUGCUCGAAAUGUGAUUGCCCAUUUCGAAAAUCUGCUGGUGGGACUUCACCGUUUUCACGGGGCGUCGCAAUCUGAUGAUGGUCGGUCGAAUCGAAGCCGAUCAAGAGGCAGGGGGCGUGCACGGAGUUCCUCGUUGGCAUCUGAUAUGAGCAGCUCCUACUCCAGGAACAUGCGAACAGAGGAUGACUCGGAAGUCCAGCACCACACCGAUAGAAAACUUGACAGGCGGGCUUCAUCUUCUGGAAAUCAGCGAUCACAGAGGAUGGCAGGGAGAAGCUACUCGCGGGGCCGCAAGCGCAGACGAAGAGCAUCCCAAUCAUCUCAGCAGAGUGGCACUCGCGUUGAGAGUGCGCAUAGUUUAGGACGCGGAGCACGUUCCACAUCGGCCAACAGCACUGGUCGAACAGAGCUAACAGACUGGAGGGAUGUGGCAGGUGUUGCCUCUAUGGUAGGCUUGCCGCCAGCCGUGCUUCGGCGUGCCACAGAGAGAUUUUCUGCUUUAGUGGGCGAAGACGUGGAAUUCCCAACGUUUUAUGGAGACCAUGACCAAGCCGUCAUGGACGAUAUGUUUGACUGGACAUCUACAAAAGACGAGAUGGACCUCGAUGAGUCUCCUCCACGUUCGGCGCUCGCAAGUCGUGGUACGUCUAUUGGAAAGCGCUCUGCUUCGCCGGCUGGCAGAGUUGUUGUCAGAGCCAACGAGAGGGCACUGUCUUCCAGAGACAAUAGUACUAAGAGGGAGCAUAUCUUGGUGUGUCCUUUCAAGAACUGCCGCCGCCAUGAGAAGGGAUUCUCUCGAACAUGGAACUUAAAUCAGCAUCUAAAAACGAUGCAUCCAAGCUAUCGACCAAAAGACAAGUCACAAACCCGCAGCGGCGCGCAGUCUGGAUACGACUCAGACAGGUCCGGAUGA